AUGGCUUUAUUGUAUGUUACAGCAUUAGAGGUUAAGUGGUCAUUUUGUAUUUUAGAUCUUGGUAAUGUUCUAACUUCUACUCCAAAUGCCAAAACUGUUAACGGUAAAGCUGAAAGCAGUGAUAGUGGCACUGAGUCUGAGGAAGAAGAGAUCCAAGAAGAAGGAAAAGGAACAGAACAAAGUGACAGGGGUAAGAAAAUGAUGAAAUCCACAGACGACAAGAAUUUAGAAAUCAUUGUCACUAAUGGCUAUGACAGAGACAGCUUUGUUCAAGAUACACAGAAUGACAUUCAUGCCAGUUCUUCCCUGAAUGGCAGAAGUGCUGAAGAAGUAAAUCCUGUAGGUGAAAGCUUGGAGCAAAGUGGAAAAAUUACUGUCUGCCUUCACCGAGCUAUAAAUGAUGAUCAUGUUGAAGAUGUUUCUGGAAUUCAUCAUCUGACAAGUGUCAGUGAAAUUUACUGUGAUUCCAUGGAAGAAUUUGGACAAGAAGAGUCUUUAGACAGCUUUACAUCGAACAAUGGACUACGUCAAUAUUACUUGGGUGGUGAUCCCAGUCAGCCCUUGGAAAAUUCUGAUUUUCCUGAAGAUUUCCAAGUAUCUUCCAGAAAUGGCAACACUGGGUAUAUGCAGGUGGUAGCAGUUGAAGGAAAGGGUGAAGUAAAGCACGGAGGAGAAGAUGGUGGAAGUAACAGUGGAUCCCAAACCCAUGAGAGACGGGGUAGAGAGAAUGAGGAAUUCUCUAAUGUCAGAAGAGGGAGAGGUCAUAGGAUGCAACAUCUGAGUGAAGGAACCAAGGGUUGGCAAGUGGGAAGCGGAGGUGAUGGGGAACUCUGGGGUUCAGACAGAGGGUCAAGAGGCAGCCUCAAUGAGCAGAUUGCCCUUGUGCUCAUGCGACUGCAGGAGGACAUGCAGAAUGUCCUUCAGAGACUUCACAAACUGGAAACACUGACAGCUGUCCAAACAACCACCGCAAAAUCAUCAACAUUACAGACUAGUAAUCAGCCUCCCUCACAGAGACCAUCUUGGUGGCCCUUUGAGAUGUCUCCCGGUGCAUUAACUUUUGCUAUCCUCUGGCCUUUUAUUGCCCAGUGGUUGGUGCAUUUAUAUUAUCAAAGAAGAAGAAGAAAACUGAAUUGAAGAAAAUGAUAUUUAACUCAAGAAGACUGCUGGGCCUGGAUGACCUCGGGAUGAAAUGGACUGUGGAGCCCACAAGAAAAUGUUAGCUUGUGAUGAUUAUAUUUUUUUCUGUUGUCCAGUAGCUUGAUUUGUGUACAUGUAUACAUAUAUGUUUUUUGAAGUACACAAAUGAUAACAUUGUAAGGACUAAUAUUGCUGAUACUUGAAUAAUCAAUCUCAACUAGGUUAUAAGUAGCAUACAUAGAUUGACCCUACCCUUUAACUUGAAGGACAUUAAAUUAUUAAUUAUUGUUUGGUAACAUGUUUACCCGAUUAUCCACCAUAGCGAAAUGUAAGCUGCUUUUCCAGGGAACAGUUGUGAUCAUGAGAUCAGAUUUGUGAGUGGGUAUUUUUAAUUUUCUAAAUUAAAUAUGAGAACGAAUGCAAAUUCCAGGAGUGAAUUUCAAAUGAGAUUAAGUGGACUUUAUAUCUUAGUUACUGAAUUACCAUGCCAAGGAGUAGAAAGCUGCUAGAGGGAACUGUCUCCACAUCCCCUUUGUGGGCUGCCUACAAUCUUUCUUGGCCAUUCACAGCUCUGACUUGCGUGCUCAAGCAUCAUUACAAAAUAGGGCCCUGUGUACUAGGCUUUCUUUUUACAAAUGAUUCAUAGAAAAGACGUUAGCUAUCGAUGAAAAUGAUGAAGGAUGGGUUGAAAGUGUAUUCUGAGCCUGCAGCUCAUUAAAGAUUUUUAUUCAGUCAUUUACACUGAUUCCUUUGUAAUCGUUUUCUUUUAACUGAGGAUAUCUUGUUUCUGCUUCAUAGGGUGCUUUGAAAUAUAAAAUGAAAACUUACUUACACUGUUUUUACAAAGGUCAAAAUGGAAACACGUGAAAGUCACUUUUCUGCAACUGGCAAACUGCACAGCCUGGACUCUUAACCUCCUAGUGCCUCUGUUUCUCCUUCUGGUAUGAUAUUUGAGAUGAUCUAUUUCACAGCAUAUGGGAGUCUUGCAAGCUAGCAGGCCAUAUGCAUCCAUGUGAGUAAGGCGUGCCCAAGUAAUGGUGAUCAAGUGUCUCUCCCCCACCCUCCACGUUUAGAUGAAGAAGAUGGUGACUUCACUCCUUGAAGGCUUUGUUUGGAGUUAUUCUUCCUGUAUACCUUCCAAAAGUCCCUUGUACUUUAAAUAUUUCUCUGAUUCAAUGGCUUAGUAGCAAAUAAUUUUUAAGCGUACUUGGUAUGUAUGAUGUUGGGUUUAGCAUUAUGUGUUCAUGCUAAAUUUUCACUAAGAGAAAGUAAUCCAUCCCCAGCACAGUACUUUGUUUGCCUGAUGAAAAAAAGUUUAAGAAUACAACUGGCUUCUCCCAAGGCUCCUUUUUCCUUAUUUCUUUUCUGUCGUGUAACUUGAUUAAAACAUUUUUUUAAUCCUUUCUUGAUUAAAAUGUGUCUGAAGAGAACUACUAAUCCUUGCCUUUUCAAAACUUUCUUCUAUUUAGGGAAAAAAAAUGAAGCAAGUGAGUGAAUUAUAUGUAAAAAUAAGGUUCAGACCUGGUGGAUCAGAGGUUUUUAAAAAUCAGGUAUCUGGUAUCAGAAAAUUGUGUUUUUUCUCUUAGUAUAUAAAUAAAAUGCAAAUGAAGAAUGUAGGCAGUUGUGAUUGAUUACAAGCAGUUGGGGGUAACUAACUCUUAGGGAUAACUAUUUAUAUCCUAUUCCAAAGUGUUAUUUACACUCUGAAAAGCACUUUGCACACAGUUCUUUUAUAUACAAGUAAAAAUGUAAUUAUAGGCUAUAGCGUUACUACUUUGUUUUACCAGGAAGCGCAUUUACAGUUUUAAAUUGACAGCUAUGGUAUUUUUUAAAAUGAUCUACUUCUUUUCUGUUUCUUUACUGUAAAACUAAAUUAACAAUAAAAGGUUAAUGAGAAAUGA